UUUGUAACAAUAUAUAAACUAAAUAUAAACACUGUUUUAAGGUUAAAACAACUCACUCUACACGGAGAUCUCUAAAGGAGGCCAAUGGGGGUUAUCAUUUAAUAUUAUGAAAAAUGACGACAUCUAUCACAUUUGCACAAGACAUAGUUCGUUGUAAUCUAUGUGAAAAUCCUGGUGACCACCUCUGUCGACUUUGUCAGUUAACACUUUGUCUGGAAUGUACACCAAAACAUUUAUCCGAUAAAGGGACCACACAUGAAAUUGUAGGCUUGACUUCGCAGACAUCAACAGACAUUGUGACACGCGUUGAAUGUUUGGACCAUAGCAAAUCAGUUUGUGAGAUUUAUUGCAAUGAUUGCCUAAUCCCCAUCUGUGCUAAAUGUGUCAUUGAUAAACACAAACAACAUACUCUCGUAUCAUUCGACGAAUUUCUAGAAAGGAAAAAGGUAGACAUUUUGAACGACAUCCAAGAAAUGGAAAGCACGGUUUUGCCGGAAUUUCAAAAAGAGAAAACGGAGGAUUACGAAAAGGACUUUGAAAAAACGAUGAGAAAGAUUUGCGUUCAAGAGGAUUUAAUUUUCCAAGCGGUAAAGAAAGCUGGCAAUGACUUAAGAGCCCAAGCAUCAAAACACAAGGCAGAUAAUUUAGAAAAAGCAAAUCAAAAUGCUAAGUUGGAAAAAGAGAUGUCCAUGCUCAUUCAAAAUGCCCGAUCUAUACUCGAAAGAAACGAUCCCAAAGAAAUUUUGAUAUUUAAAGGAUUAAAAUACAAGGUUUACCCAUGUCCUGUGGAUCUAAAAAAGAAAGCAUUGUCUUAACGAAAUGCAGCAAUUGACGAAAAUGAUGUAUCAUCCCUGUUUGGCACACUUCUCGAUAUAGAAGAAAAAAGUGUGUUAAGCAGAGGAGAGAACCUUGAACUACAAACCUGGUUUCAUGGGUUUAUCACAAGGGAAGAAGCAAAUCAACUUCUGAAGAAAAAUGGAGAUUUUCUCGUCCGUGAAAAAACUAAAGGCACAAACAAAAACUGUUUUGUUCUUUCAACGUACCAAAAUGACCGCCUAUGUCACAUACAAGUUAGCGAUUUGCUAAAUAAAAUAAGUAUGGACCAUGGAUCCACUUUGAUUGAUUUUGUUGAGCAACUUCUUUGCAAAGGAGAGCAGACUUUUGUCAAAGACAAACACUUCAUAUUACGUUCCCCUGUAGAUAGAAGUCAUUAUCAGCUUGACUACGAUAAAAUUGCACUGGGCCAAAAGAUUGAGACUAUUGAUAAUGGCUUAAAUUUACACAGAGGACAAUUUGGUGACCAUGGGUCUUUAGUUAUACACGGCGAGGAAAGAGAAAAUCAAAUAUUCAGAUACGUCGAGCUUCUGCGCCAUCUGGUCCAUCCAAAUGUAGUGCGGCUGAAGGGGUACUCAGCUCUACAGAAGCCAGUACUACUGGUGAUAGAGUAUAUGUCUGAUUCGCUGCCGCAUUAUCUGAGAAAAACGGGAAAAUCCAUAUCAACAAAACAAAGAAUAAGCAUGUGUCUCCAUGUGGCAAAAGGAAUGGCAUAUUUACAUCAGGAAAAGUACAUUCAUAGGGAUUUAGCAGCAAGGAACUGUUUGGUAACUGGGGAUCAUUUUGUCAAAAUCUGUGGAUUCUCAAUGACAGAAAAGGGAGAGGUAUAUUCCUCCGAUAGGUCGGAAACGAUUCCGAUCAAGUGGGCAGCCCCAGAAGCUUUCAUUUCAGGAAAUUACGUACUGUUGAGUGAUGUCUGGAGUUUUGGAAUCCUGAUGUGGGAGAUAUUUUCACCCGGAAUGGUGCCUUAUCCAGGAAUGAGUAACAUUGAAACUCGUGAUAAAGUUAUAAAAGGCUACAGAAUGGAAGCACCGAAGAAUACACCAAAGGCUUGUUACAAUAUAAUGAUGAAUUUUUGGGAUGAUCAGCCUGCAUACCGGAGCCACUUUGUGGAUCUCAUAGAGAAACUGCAGCAAUUACUUUAGAAGCCGUCAGUAUCGUCCAACGCCUCUUAAUUUUGGUUUCUGAAACCAACUCACUUAAGAGAUAUGAUUAACUGGCGACAUGUAUAUCUUGUCUUUACAUUGUCUAUUAAUUGUAUGUAUGUGUGUGUGUGUGUGAUUUAUGUUCUUUUACAUUUUAUAUAUAUAUAUUUUGGAUCGUGUUGAACGUUCUAAAUCACAUAAAAAAUUGAGUGCGAUCUAUGAGGAAGUAAUAUGCUCACGAGUAUGAAGUUCAUGUCUGUGUUGUACAUAGUACCUUGGAUGUUGAGCUAAAAAUCAACAAAAAUAAUGACCGGAUAAUAUGUCAUUGAAUAAAGCGGCUAAAACAUGUAAAGUCUAUUUAUUUUUAAUUCAAAACUCCAUUUUGAUAUAUUUUUGGUAGUAUUUCUCCCUGGAUAUUCAUGCGCGAUCUAUUUAUUUGAUUAAAUGAAAUUAUUCUAAUGAUGAUACAUUAAAGUUGUUUAAUUGUUAAA